AUGGCUAUUCAGCUCCCUGCUCUCUCAUUGCCAGAAGCCUCACAUCUCCCUAGUACUCCCUCAAGUGCCUCACAUCUCUCUAAUACCCCCUCUAGUGCCUCACAUCUCCCUAGUACUUCCUCAAGUGCCUCACAUCUCUCUAAUACCCCCUCUAGUGUCUUACAUCUCCCUACCUCACAUCUCCCUAGUACUCCCUCAAGUGCCUCACAUCUCUCUAAUACCCCCUCUAGAGCCUCACAUCUCCCUAGUACUCCCUCAAGUGCCUCACAUCUCUCUAAUACCCCCUCUAGAGCCUCACAUCUCCCUAGUACUCCCUCAAGUGCCUCACAUCUCUCUAAUACCCCCUCUAGAGCCUCACAUCUCCCUAGUACUCCCUCAAGUGCCUCACAUCUCUCUAAUACCCCCUCUAGAGCCUCACAUCUCCCUAUGUUCAGUGCAAGAGAUCAAAUGGAAAUCAGGGACUUUUCUGUAAAAAACGGGACAGUUGGGAGGGCUGGGAAGAGCAUGGGAUCUGCAAUCCAGACGCACCGUAUGUCUGCCUUCAUAGAUGCAGCUCUGUCCCCUUCCACCCCCACGUGGGUACAUAACACUGACACCCCCAUCUCGCUAAUGAAAGGAUGA